AUGGCCAUGUUGAUAAACCCGGACCCCGUAUACUUAGACGACAGAGCCCUAUACGCCGCGCUAGAGAGCGAUACAGACUGGGACUACCUUACGGACGAGUACUACGAUGACGAUCCGACUCUGAAACUAUGCCGUCGAAAGGAGAAGGCUGCCGCGAGAAGAGAGAAACGUGAAAGCCGGCAACAGGCGCCCAUUGACCGGGCCAUGUUCUGCGGCGUGUCGUGGCAGGUAGGCCCGCGCGCGGAGAGUAAUGGACCAAUUUACCAGCCUGGAGAUGGAGAGAAGGUGGCCCUGCUCAAGAAUUGGCGCGAGGUGUUCCAUGAGUCGAAGCCAAAGGGGAAGAAGGCGAACGACAAGCUAAGGUCAGAUGGGAAGAAGGUCCGGGCGACGUUCCAUAGUCGGUUAUCGACGAGGCCACGGCGAGGAAAGGGCAAGAGAGACGAAGAUGAUGAGGUAGGUAUAGACGCUGGAGACGAGGGCGAUACAGAUGAGAUGGAUACUGAGAGGAACGGACUGGGUCCUAUCAACUGCCCUCCCUCGACAUCUCUCCCCCUCCCGCCAUCUAAAUUUGGCGACAACGCCCAAGAUGAUGAGACCAAUAAACCAGCAAAGAGAGGCCGUGGCCAUCCUCGUACUAUGCGCGGCGGUGGCUCGCAGCUGAAAGAAGUAACUCUUGCUACUGAAGAGAAAAACCCUGCACCAGGGUUCGAGAUCAUGGUACCGUCUGCACCCGCCGAUGCGGCAGAGUAUAAAGAGAUUCCAGUUCAUGAUAAGCCAAAACGGGGGAGAAAAAGAAAGGCGGAUUCAGCCGCAGAGCAGGCUACCCCUGCCCUUGCUGAUGGCCUCAGCGCUAGCUCUGGCCCUGUAAAGAAGUCUAAGCGCAACAAGGGUGAGAGUGCGAAUGGCGCGAGUACUCCGGCCCCUUCUCGGCCUACACGGUCGUCAACGAGGCGGAAUUAG